GAUGGUGUCGUUCUCGUUUAUGACAUCGCGAAUCGCGCUUCCUUCGCCGCAAUUAGGGGUUAUUAUGACCAGCUCCGCCGGGACUACGAGAUCGUUACGCAGCGAACCAAUUCCCCAGUCCGACUUGAGCGACUCCCUAUUGUUAUAGUCGGGAACAAGACCGAUUUAGUCUCGGACAGGACCGUACCUACCAAAGGCGGCGCUACUUUGGCGAGGGAACUCGGCUGCUGCGGGUUUCUAGAAACUUCAGCAACCUAG